GCAAAGCCACCAUGUCCGGCUUGGUGGGCUUGUUGACAAUGACAGCCGUGCUUGGCCUGGGCUCGUUCGCCGUCGGCAUGCUGCCGCUGGCCUUCACCUUUUCUCGGAUGGCGGUAGCACAUUUGUCGAGUGUGGGGGCGGGCUUGCUGCUCGGGACGGCCCUGGGCGUCAUCAUUCCAGAAGGUGUGGAGGCCGUCUCCCUUGCUAACCCUUCCGCCACGUUUCCCACCACAACCAUCGCGCUUUCGCUCGUAGUCGGCUUCUCAAUCAUGCUCAUCAUCGAACGCGUGAUACACAGCUACUCGCCAGAUUCGCACAGCCAUGCGCCUUUGCCUUUGUUUGAAGCCGACGAGAACGCAGCGCGUCGCGUCGACUUCGAUGUCGAGCUUGGGGAGCUGGAACACGAAGAAGGCGUGGACUCAUCAAUAACGACUGCCUAUCAUGCGGACGAAGCUGCGGACAAGACAAAGGCAUGGCCUCUUACACUUGGACUUAUGGUACAUGCUCUGGCAGACGGCUUCGCGCUAGGCUCAUCUGCACUAUCCCCGGUCGACAAAGGUCUAUCCAUCACGGUCUUCUUAGCACUUCUUGUCCACAAGGCGCCAGCGGUGCUAGCGUUGACGACAUCGUUAAUGGCGACAUCUCUAUCUCGAUCGGAAUGUCGAAAACACGUCGCCAUUUUCAGCGCGUCCACUCCCGUCGGUGCUCUUCUUGUGUACGGGCUCAUGUCCAUCAUUCGCGUGAACAGCGAGAGUCCCUGGACAGGUAUAUGCAUGCUUAUUUCGGGUGGGACCUUCUUGUACGUUGCCACCGUGCUCCAGCCCGGCAAGGCUGCAUCUGAGGAGUUAGACGAAAAGGUUCGGACAACUUUAGUGAUCUGUGGCGUCUGCAUCCCGGUCUUGAUCGGUGUCGUCGUCGAUCACGACCACUGACCAGGUAUCCGGAGACACGUCCUCCCUAUGCUACUAUGUCUGAUACCAGCCCGCGCAGCCUACCCGCAAUCAAUCGUAGACUUCUGAUUUUCUGUACCGUAACUGCUCGGAGUGCGAGCUGUAUGCGCAUUGGGCCCGCAGUUGUGGCGGUGUUUGAGCUCGGUGGGUCUACUUGGCUUUCCCACGCCCUGUAAGGCUCGGUCUUGUCU